AUGAAAGCGGUGACGAGUAAUGCGUGGGGAUUGUGUGUGUUUUUGGCAAUAUUCUUGACGGCGACAGUGGUGCCUGGAUGUGAAGCCACGUGUUCUUUUCCGGCCAUCUUCAACUUCGGCGAUUCCAACACCGACACCGGAGGUUUCUACACAGCUUUCCCAGCUCUGUGGCCUCCCUAUGGCAUGACCUACUUCCAGAAACCAACCGGCCGGACAACCGACGGCAGAGUCAUUGUUGAUUUUCUCGCACAAGGUUUAGGAUUGCCAUUCUUGAGCCCAUACUUGAAGUCAAUUGGAUCAGAUUACAGACAUGGCGUCAACUUUGCAUCAGCGGAAGCCACUGCUCGGCUGCCGCAUAGUUCCCCGUUUGAUUCCUGGAUCAGCCCUUUUUCCCUGGCAAUUCAGUUCAACCAAUUCAAGCACUUUAAGGUUAUAGUUGAUGAACAUGAUUCCUACGACGUUGGGAAUACAGAACUGCCACCCAAAAACAUAUUUGGAAAAGCACUUUAUACACUCUACAUUGGCCAAAAUGACUUCACUGCCAACUUGACAUCACUGGGUAUAAGUGGAGUCAAUCAGUUCUUACCUGAAGUGGUUGGUCAGAUCCCUAAAACCAUCAAGGAUAUUUACUCACAAGGGGGCAGAACAUUUUUAAUUCUGAAUCUUGCACCUAUUGGAUGCUAUCCAAUCUUUCUGGUCGAACCUCUUCCUCACAACGCUUCUGAUAUAGACCAGUUCGGGUGCCUAAUAUCGUACAAUAAUGCAGUAGUGGACUACAACAGCAUGUUGAAAGAUACAGUGAGAAAGACGAGACAAAAUCUUAAGGAUGCAAAUGUGAUUUAUGUGGACACUCAUAGUAUCCUCUUGGAGCUCUUCCAGCACCCAACAUCCCACGGAUUGAAGUAUGGGACAAAAACGUGCUGCGGGGAGGGGGGAGGAGACUAUAAUUAUAACAAGAAAUUGUUGUGUGGAAUUGCAAAAGUUGUGGAUGGAGUGAUAGUGAGAGCAGAAGCUUGUGAGGAUCCAUACAACUACGUGAUGUGGGAUGGAUUACACACCACAGACGCAGCAAACAAACUCGUUGCACAAGCCAUUUUCAGUGGCUCUUAUUUUGAUCCUCCAUUUUCACUUCAUCACUUCUGUGAUAUUCAUCCUAUAGGCUAG